AACGCUGCACACAACUGUUGCAGGAGGACUGGGGCUCUACAGGGCACAAAUAACCUUUCAAUCUGGACUAUUAACCACCAGCCCUGUAAAUAAGAUCCGUUUCUUCUCAAUAUUAUCAGCAACAAUGACAGCCACCAUCGUUUCUUCUUUCUUCGAUUACAGUGAAGUGACAAACAAGCAUAACAAAAUGUUGAACUUCAACAACAACAGUCUUCUCGGUGGGUCCCACUCAACCACUGUCCCCUGCCCUAGUGCCAACCCCUCCUCCUGUUCCCCUACUGGGUCCCUGCUGGACAGGAAGGUGGUGGGGGGCUCCUCUGGAGGAGGGCUGUUCCAGCGCCGUCAUUCCGUCACCAUCCCCAACGCCAAAUUUAACCAGAACCAGUUCAUCAACAGCCUCAAGACAGACCCGUCGGUCCUGAUGGGCAGCAGCAACAACAAGGAGAACCGCUUCCGCGACCGUUCCUUCUCAGAGACGGGAGAGAGGCUGAAGUCUGGUGGCUCCUUGUGCCUCGGAGGCGGCGUUGGUCAGGUGAACUCCAGCCGCUACAAGACGGAGCUGUGUCGGCCCUUCGAGGAGAACGGCACCUGCAAGUACGGAGACAAGUGCCAGUUUGCCCACGGCAUCCACGAGCUGCGUAGCCUGAGCCGACACCCCAAGUACAAGACAGAGCUCUGCCGCACCUUCCACACCAUCGGCUUCUGCCCCUACGGCCCCCGCUGCCACUUCAUCCACAACGCGGAGGAGCGCAGGGGGCCUCCUCCGCUGUCCAGCUUCAACAAGCUGGAGCGUCCUCGGCUGCAGCACAGCCUGAGUUUCGCCGGCUUCCCCAGCUCUGGAGGUCUGCAGGACAGCCCCACCUCAGUCACCCCUCCACCCAUGUUCUCCACAGAGGACCUGAGGGAGUGGCAGACCAACCCCUUCACCUACUCCAGCCAGGAGCUUGCCAACCCGUUUGGCCCCAGCCUCGGGGGCCCCCCUGUCUCUGAGCCUAUAGGCCAACCCUCUCCCUCACCUACCACCCCCUACUUCUUUCGGCCCAUGUCGCCCCCCUCCCCCCUGGACUCUCUGUCUGACCAGGAGGGCUACCAGAGCAGCUUAGGGAGCCAGAGUGGGUGUGAGUCACCCAGCCUUGAUGCCUCUCGCCGCCUCCCCAUCUUCAGCAGGCUGUCCAUCUCUGAUGAUUAGGAAGCUGCACACGCCCACUGUCCUGGGAUAGAGAGUUGAGCGUGACUGAAUGAAUGAAUGAGUGAGUGACUGCUUCCCCGUCUGCCCUCUCACCACCCCCCCCACUCUGGGCCUUGUUUACAACAGAGGAGUGGACAGUGUUUGUGCAGUGUUGUAGCCACUGAGUAACAGCAGAAAGGGGAGUGCCUUCUCUCUGCAGAGGAAGCGGAGCAGCCCACCCUCCCCUCUUUCCCACCAGCUGUCCUCACUGAACCAUCCCACCCCCACCUCCUCCUCCCCCCGUCCCCCCUGUCGUCACCCCCCGUCCCUCGUCCCAGGGUUGAAUCUGAUAAGGCAGCAGACAGCAGUGUGCUUUGUUUCCCCAAAUGUGUUCUCCCUAAAUCACUUUGAGCAAUUAACAAAUGAAAAUGGGAGUUGUGCCCUCCACAGCAGUGCCCUGGUGUAACCUGGUACUGAAGGAGAGGACGUGGUGGUGGGUGCGUGUCUGGAGGCCUGGACUCCCUCCCUCCUCAGUCGGCUGGUGUGUAGCAGCGCUGCAUGCCUUCAGGUGGCCUUUACGUGCCUUCACUCUCCCAGUCCCAACUCUGAGAGGUCUCUUCAGAGGAAUCAGUGCCUCAUCAAAGGGUUAGCCUUUCAAAUUCAAUAAGCAAAAACAUUAUACAGUAAGUUAAGCUCUAAUGCCUUGUGUGCCCAAGAAUAUGUGGACCAUAAUUGUUAUUUCCAUGUUUGAUAAUGGUCUAAAUUUCUGCUCCUUCUCUAUUUGGAAUAAUGUUUUUUGUUAUGUUAAUAAGGGUGACACAGAUGGAGGUUUUGUUUAUAGUUUAUUAGACUGGAAAUAAAUUAAUUUUCCUUGGUGCUAUGCACCCUCUGUAUCUAUGACGACCACCUCCACUAACCUGUGCUGAGCGGAGUCGAGCGGUCUGCUGGCUGCUUGUCAUUGGCUGUGUUUGGAGGUGGUAGGUGCAGUCCUCCUGUUAACCUUGAUUUAGAAACGUACUUCUCAGUUUGGCCUUUUUCAACCCCGCCUAACCAGUUCAGUUCUUUGAGAUGACCCCACAGUUCACUGCCUGAAAAUCAACUGAGCAAAAUGUGCUCCUGUGUAGGUUCCACCUUGUUCAAUAUAUUAUUAUUAUUAUUAUUAUUAUUGGUUAGUUUGUUUUAAAGAACCUUCGUAUGGAGGGCUUUGCUUGUCACUGCUUAUUUAACUUAUCAAAAUGUAUUUAUUGCUGAUCUUAAGCUUUUUUUUAUUUUUUAUUUAUCUGGAUAAUGAAACAAUAGAAUAUAUUUUCUUUUAUGUUAAAUUAUGAUCUUCCGUAUUAAUCGCAAGAUUGUGAAGACCUGUUUUGUUAUUUUUUUUCCACAGUUAAUAUAUUAUACUGCGAUGACAUUUUUUGUAACUACACUUUGAUUUAUUUUGAAAGUGAAUCCUAAUUUAAAACAAAAAAUGCAAAAAGGGUUUUGCAUUUUAUUUAUUGUUUUUAUUUCUUAUUUUUUUCCUCCUACCUGAUGUUGGACUGUGGUUUCAGGUUUCCUUUGUCUUAAUCCCUUUUCCAGUUGUGGCUGCAGCCACUCUCACCGUCUAGAUUGUAGGGUGAGUGAGGAUCAGUCCUGUUCAUGUUCUGACACUGUCUUCACCACGAUCAACAUUCAUUUUAGAAGUCACUAGAAUCAGCUGGAAAGAUUUUAAGCUCUUAUUUGAAUGAACCAUGGAAGUUUCCCUAAUCCGCAAUAAUGUGCACACAUUUACUAGCACUUUUAGUUACCAAAUUAGGUGAUUUGUGUUAGUUUUUGAUUCGAUGUUGUUGGACCACUUGUUCCUAUGAAGUGCCUAUCAAUACAUUCCAGGUAUCCAAAAUGUUGUGCCAUCAUAUUUUUAUAUAGCAGAUCAGAUAAAAGCCUAAAAUGUGUUUGUAGCAGAGAAUUAUGGUUAACAGGAUUGACACAUGAAAGCAACUGUUGAAUGUAUUCUCUUUUAGCAGCCAUCGCUGUUUACUACAGUCAUUCAUUUGUUCAUGUACCUUUUGUAAAUGACAGAUUGCAGUUUAAAACCAAUAAACCCAAACUUCUUUUGAAAA